AUGAACAGGAUUGAGACUAGGGUUGGUAAAUUAACUGGUCAAGAUUCAACAUUAUUAUCUCUUCUUAUGUUAAUUGUACUUUUUACUCCAGGUUUAUCAAUGAAUAUUGAAGAACCACUAUUAAAAGAUCCAUUAGCUGUUCAUCGAGCUCAGAAACAUUAUACCCAACUACUUUGGAAUUAUUUGAUUAGUAAACAAGGUGAAAGUCAAGCAUGUGAACAUUUUAUUCAAUUACUAUCAGCAAUGUUUCAAAUACGAUCAGUAUCGAAAAACUCUCAAGAAUUUAUUCGUUGUCAAAUGAUAUCAUCCAAUGUAGUUGAUCAAAUUGCACCAGUUAUGCAAUCUGUUCUUCAUAUUUCUUAG